AUGGACUCAAGAAUCUCAAGGAGAUCUGGCCCCACGAGCUUGUGGGAUGACUUUUAUGCUUUGGAGAAAAUGCAAAUUAUGCAAGAGGCCGUGGAUCAAGGAGAAACAUCCACUCUCGCCCUUGCUGGUCACAAUGUUACUGUGACUGAAGAAAUUGAAGAUGAGCAGCACACUGACAAAAAUGUUGCAUUAAAACAAAGAAAUCUUCGGUUAAAAGGUGACACCAAAGAUGCACAGCAUUCAAAAACUGCUGCUGAUGAUAAUGUUACCCUUGUUGGCACAUUCAACUGGUUCUCAGAGGAUACUGAAGAAACCUCUGAAGAGGAAGAAGACGAAGUAGAUGAUGCUACAGAAGAUGAAGACAUUAUGGAGAAAACCUCCACUGAAGACAUUGACACGAGAAGGAACUUGAUUGAAACUAAUGUUCCUACAGUGGAUAUGACAACUGAGGAUAUACCCACUGAAACUCGUAAAAUGAUCGAUGCUGAUUUGCCAACUAAAGCUGAUUUAUCCAAGGCAACGCCGACCAACUCAACCUCAACUAAUGAUCAACCAUCAUCAGUUGAGAAACACCAAGGAGACAAGGGCUCAACUGAAACUGAUCAGAAUCCAACUAAAGUCUCCUCCUCCACUUCUGCUGCUACUAAAGAGAUGCCUACAACUGAGGGGGAAUUCAUCAGUUCAAAGGCAACAACUCCAUUCAAAACGACGAAGAAGUCCUACAUGGAGAAACUGAUCUUAGCUCAACAACAACAUAUCAAAGAUUUCCGAAGGCAACUUGAAGAAAGGACCGCAUAUGCAGCACAACAAGUUCGAAGACUUCGCAGAGUGGAAAUCCUUAUCGAGGACCUUUUUAGGGACUCCGCAAAGCGCACUGAAGCAAAUCAGAGGAAGUUGGAGAAGUACAUGGAGAUCAAUGCACAGCUCAGCCAUCUGCGCCACAAGAUUACUUCCUUCAUCAGUGAACAAGAUGUCAAUCAAUCAGUGAGAAAUGCUCUUCAUGCAUUUACCGUGCAAGAGAUGCUACCAAUGCAAAAAAGACUACAAUCUCUGGAAAGAAGUGUCAACGAGAUACAAUCUACAACUGAUCACGCCAACACCAGCAAUGCAUGA